ACGUGAAAAGAGCAAAUGGAGGCAAUUCUCACCAAAAACGAUCUUUGGUGUUAUGUGGAUAGAUCGAAACCAAAACCUACUGAUACGGGAAACAAUGCGGAGCAAAUUGCUACUUGGAAGAGUUUCGAUAAGAAGGCAAAAGCAGAUAUUGUUCUUUCGUUGAAUGCGUCAGAAAUAUGCCAUGUCAAAAACCUCGAAACAUCAAUGGAUGCUUGGAAUGCGCUGGAGAGAAUAUAUGCCUCGAAAGGACCGGCAAAGAGAGCGAGACUGUUGAAGAAACUACUUUUUACAAGGCUUACUGACGAUGCAGAAGUAUAUUUCGGACCUUUUACAUCGUUCCGGAAUGACAGAAGCGAAACCUGCGAUCCAUCCGUUGGCUAUCACACUAGACC